AUGUUGCAAGCCAAUGUGACCUCAAGUGAAAGAGACAAGGUGAGUCUCAUGGAGCGAGUGGCGGCCGGAACUUUUAUCGCCUCCUUCUGCUUGGUCUUCCUAAUUGUGAAUGGGGUCAUGUUGUUCACCUUAAGGAGCAAAUGUGUAUUUCGGGAGACGUCGCGCUACAUCCUGCUGUUUCACCUGCUGCUCGGAGACACGCUGCAGAUGGUCGUCAGCCAGCUGAUUUACUUUCUGAGCACACUUCGCGUCACUCUCACGUAUCCUGUGUGCGGCGUGCUCAUCAUGCUCAACUAUCUGUUCAGUAGGAUUUCUCCUUUGGUGCUGGUGGCAAUGUCACUGGAGAGAUAUGUGGCUGUGUGUCACCCUCUCCGACACGCCUCCAUCACCACCGCCAGGAACACUGUGGCUGCCGCGCUCGCCUUGUGGAGCUUUUGUUUUUUGAAUAUUCUCAUCCAGGGGUUUUUGUUGAUGAUGUUUCCUUUUCACCAACUGGAGAGUCUGCAAAUGUCACAGCUUUGCAAUUUCAUUAGUUUGGCCAUUGAGCCAGUUUCUCUAUUUUAUAACAAAUUUUAUAUGUAUUUCAUGUUCGCCUCAGCAAGCCUGUGCGUCCUUUUCAGCUACGUUGGUGUAGUUGUGUCGGCCAGAUCGGCAAACACAGGAAAACACUUGGCCCGGAAAGCUCAGAACACGCUGCUGCUGCACCUUGUGCAGCUGGGCCUAACCCUAAUAUCAUUGCUCUACGCCACUAUCAUGACAAAUAUCGCAGUCUGGUUCACCUCAUGGUUGGCCUUCGUACGGUUCCACACUUUUAUAUUUGUAUUAUUUUUCCAACUCCCCAGAUGUCUGAGUUCUCUCGUUUAUGGGUUGAAAGAUCGGGAUAUCAGAGUUGUGCUUGUGUACAAUCUGUGCUGUCACUUACAUUUGCCAGUUGCUCCUGCUAAAGCUGCCAAUGUAUUCUGA